AUUCAAUGGAAUAUUAUUUUCUGUUCGCUUCAUCCAUUGUCAUAUUAACAUAUCGAUAAACUUGCCGCUAUUUUGACGACUUUCUUUGGAAACUGCAAAUUUUUCGAAGAUUAUAACACAGUUGAAAAUAAAACACGAAACUUAUCUUCUUCAUGUUUAAUAUUGUUUUAAUAUCAGUAUUACACAAGCUAUUACGCACGAUUAUCAUCGAUUUAUAUUUUCUAAUUGCUUGAAGUUAGGUAGAGUAAAUGAAUAUUUCAAGUCAAACUUCCUGCUAAUACUUUUUUCACUACUAUGAGUAGCAUGUAUCUGUUAUGAUUAUAGAAUUUUCAUCGUACGUAAGAUAUUUCGCAAAAAUUUUUAGUUUAGUUAAGAUAAAAUAAUUGUGAAAUGCAUGGAAAUUAUAUUAUUUUUUAAGACUAAACAUAUAUUUAUAUCGUUUAUAUUUAAAGUGACAUUCUGCUUUAUCAUAUUUGCCGCCCGAGCAUACUGCUCUCUCUAUUGGUCCAUUUUGCAAAUAUUCUGUAUUGCUUUGCAUCCUUUGCAUCAACCGCGAGAAAUAACAAUAAUCGUUUAGGUUAUAUAGGUUUACUACAUAUAGUGUUUAAUCUGUGAGAAGUUUCGAAAAUUUUAUUUUUUGUAUAUUUUAUCUCAGAUUUAAAGAUUUGUUAGUGAUCUGAAGUGAAAUCUGUCAAAAAACGCGAAUCAUGUCAGGGUUAUUUGAGCAAAUCAAACUGCUUUACGAUCAGGCACUGUACUCCAAUGUGAUCUCCCUGACAAAUUUAGUGCUUACUCUCAGCGAGCAUAAUACUGAUCUGUUACCUGGUUACAGCAAGUUUCAUGUAUAUAUCUAUUACGCGGAUGCUCAUUUUCAUUUGAGCAAGUAUCGCAGGGCAGAGACUCUGUACAAGAAGGCUCUGCAAUUCCGCAAGUGUUUGUUGAAGUCUAAGGGCACGGGAAAGCCUUUAUUGGAUGGACAAAAGGAUUUGCCGUCAGAUGUCAACAUCAAAUACCAAAUUCACUUGUGUCUGGUGAAAUCGAAAAAUCUACAGGAAGCAUUACAAGUAUUGCAGAGCAUUCCUGGCAAGCAGCGUACUGCCAAAGUAAACAUGGCACUGGCUAAGAUGUUCCAUGAGCAGGGAAUGGAGCGAUCGGCCAUUACUACAUAUAAGGAAGUCCUGAGAGAAUGUCCAUUGGCCUUGGAAGCAGCUGAAGGCCUUUUGUCUUUAGGGGUAAAAGGUGUAGAAGUCAACUCCUUGAUUGUCAGUUCUCUUUCCGGUUCGAUGAACUUGGAAUGGCUUAAUACAUGGAUCAAGGCCCAUGCUCACAUUCACAACAGGGAAUAUACUCAUGCUGUAACUGCUUUGAGAUCACUGGACAAUGUUGUUCUACUUAGAGACAAUUUUAACCUAAUGACUAUUAUGGGUGAAUGUUAUUAUUAUGCUGGUGAUGAUAAGAAUGCUUUGAUGUGUCUGAGACGAGCUCGUGUUAUUGAACCAGAUAUAACAAAAGGGGUAGACGUGUACGCUGCAGUUCUUUACAAGAUGCACCACAUCAAAGAACUAGAGCGGCUAAUACCGGCAAUAACCGCAAACAACGAAUCUACCGGCGAGAUUUAUGUGGCUAUGGCCUAUUCCAUGUAUGCUGCUAAAAAGUGGAAUAGGGCAAAUAAUCUCACCGCUCAAGCGUUGAACAUGAAUCCCAGUGACAUAGAGGCCAUCAUAUUGCGUGGCAACAUUCUCAUUGAACAGAAGAAAUAUCAAGAUGCAUUAUUUUUCUUUAGACAUGCGGUGCAAUUGAAACCAUAUAGAUAUGAGCCGCAUAAAGGCUUAGUAGAUUGUCUCGUCGGGAUGCAUAGACUGCGAGAAGCUCUAAAUAUUGCCAGCAGUUCUUGCAAACAACUUGGGCAUACUGCAAGAGUUCUAACGUUGUACGCAUCUGUUUUAAUGAAAGAUCCUGUAUCAGUAAGUAAGGCCAAAAACCUUCUUGAAAAGGCACUGUCCCAAGAUGAAGUUUACUUAGCUGCAGUAUACUUGCUUGCGGAAAUAUACGAACAAGAAAUGAAUUUGGAAGCAGCCAUUGAACUGUUGGAGAGACAGGUGGAAAUUCAUUCUACCUCCAAGCUUCAUCAGAUAUUGGGAGACCUGUGGGCAAGGGUGCACAACGACGAGAAAGCUUUAGAUCAUUAUGCCAUAGCCUUAAACUUGGAUCCGAGCAACAGGAAAGCUCUGGAAGGAAUGCACAGAUUAGACAAUUCCUCCAGUAAAUUAGAUUCCGCUUAUUACAUGACCGUAGGAGAGGAACAGGCCGACACAACUUAUGAUGUCGGAGAUGGAUUACCAGAUACGGAUAAUGAAGAAGCACCUGAGGAGAGCGAGACUGAAGCUAUUUGGUCAGAUAUGGACUUGGAAGCCAACAGCCAGUAGUAUUAUUUAUAUAUUAUUUUAUAGAAACAAUACCCAGUGAUAAUUUUGAUUAAACUUUCGAUUUUUUAAAUAAUUUUCAAUUUACAUGUGCGUAUAUACACACAUGUGCUCACACAUACACCAAAUCACUUUUAUGAAGAAAGAUUUUUUUUACAGAAUUAUGCGUAAAAUGAAAUUAAUUGUGAUGAAUGUUAUCGAUGUUAGGUAAAUUAAUGAAAUUAAGAUGUAUAAAUUUUUUUUAUUUAUGA